UAUAAAGCAUCGGUUUAGGUCGAAGGAGUACAUUCCGAAUUGUGCUUUCCGUUGUGUAACCAAGUGUAGUCCUGCGGUGGAAUACAUAAGGAUAUCGUUCAGCAAGCAGGGUUGAUCUCAGGAUCUGUGCAGGAUAUUUUGCGAAGUGAUAACGUGGAAAAAGCAGCUGUUCAAAAUGAAAAUAAUCCUGUUGAGUACCCUUGUGGCGGUAUGUUCUUGUGCUCGAUUGGACAACAACUAUCUACCUCCGCCCGGAGCUGCCUCGUCUGGAGGUGGUCCAGGACUGACGGCACCUGCUCCCGGAGGUAGACCCGCUGGAGGCCACGGCGGCGGUGGUGGUGGUGGAUUCGGUGGACGACCAGGUGGUGCUGGAGGUGCUCCGGCGCGACCAUCUACGGCUUAUGGUCCACCAGCCGGUGGAUUCGGCGGUGGUGCUCCGUCGUCUUUCGGAGGUGGUGCUCCAUCAUCCGGUGGAUUUGGAGGUGCUGCUCCUGCUCCAGCCGCCCCAGCAGGCCCACCAAUUCCGAUCAUUUCCUACGAAAACGUAAACAACGGAGAUGGCAGCUAUAAAUUCAGUUACGAAACUGGUAACGGAAUCAAGGCCCAAGAGCAGGGUGAGCUGAAAAACAAGGGUUCCGAUAACCAAAUCCAAUCGGUUCAGGGAUCGUACUCGUACACUUCUCCGGAAGGACAGGUCAUCUCGCUAACCUACGUUGCCGACGAAAAUGGAUUCGUUCCCCAGGGUGAUCAUCUGCCAACUCCUCCGCCAAUUCCGGAAGAAAUUCUCAAGGCUCAACAGGAACAUGCUGCCGCUCAUGCAAGUGCUGCCGCUGCUGGAGCUGGUGCUGGUGCUGGAUCUGGAGGCCAUGGAGGUGGUGCCGGGGCAGGAGGAUAUCCAUCGACUGGAUCAGGACCAGCGCAAGGAGCUGGUUAUCCUUCCGGAGGACCAUUGGCCAAUGCACGACCCGGAACUGGACGUCCAUCGGGAAGCGGAUCAUUCAGUCCUCAGUCCGGUUACAAAUACUAGAAAAUUUUUUGCAUUUAGUCAAAUAUGAACGAGUGAAACAGACUUGGAUCUGAGUGAGUUUAACGGGAAAUCGCUUAAUCUGUAAAUAUGGAGCAAAACUGGCGGAGCAAAUAAAAACGAAAAAUAAAAGUCACGGUGAUGUGUGAAUGAA